AUGAAACCAUCGAGUCACUCGAGUAUUCCUAGUGAUGGGUCGCACCACACGCAACCCAAGAAACCAGCAGCCCGCCCCGCUGUCCCAGUCAACCUGGAUGUCAGAGCUUACUUCGCCGAGGGAGCCCCCGAUAAUUCUCAGCCGUGGCUUUUAAAUCCAGAAAUCCCAUCACCUGAUGAGAUAAUGGGAACUGGAUCCGAGACUGAAUUCGUUGAUCUGCUGCCAAACCGGAUCGUGGGCCCCUGGAGCUCGAAGAACGAGUAUCUGAAAGCCCACUAUGAGUUGCUUAGAGAAGACGCAGUCGCUCCUCUACGGGACGCCGUAGCAUACUUUCGAGAGGAUCCAGAUAUCCAAGACAUGAAUAUUGUAUCUAUCUACGAGAAGGUACACAUUGUAGGUAUUACCUUUGCACAACAAGGUGUAGCGACUCGGAUACAGUUUUCCACCAUUAGAUCGGGAAAGAAUAUAGUCUGGGAAUACUCUAAGCGGUUAAGAACAGGUACCAUUGUUGCACUUUCUCCAUCAGAUGAUUCGUUCAGAAACAAAUGUGUUGUUGCUGUCGUGGCAGCCCGGCCACUAAACGGUGUAAAGCAACAUCCUCCAGAGAUUGACAUUUAUUUCGCGCGGUCUAUAGAUGCAGAUUUCGAUCCUCACCAAGAAUGGGUCAUGGUUGAGGCUAGAGAUGGCUACUUCGAGUCGAUGAGACAUACGAUGACAGCUUUGCAGAAAAUGAGCCGAGAAAGUUCUGAAUUUGAACUUAGCAGUUCCGACAGGUUUCCACUCGCCGAACAAAUCUGCUUACUCCAUCCUAAUACUGAUACUCCCGAGUAUGUCAAAGCAGGUCCAGUCAUGGACAUACAGUCCGCUAUCUGUCCAUCUGGAGAAGAAGGCAAAAUUAAUAUCCUGGAAAGCUGGCCUAGAUAUCCAACAGGUGAUCUGGAUGCCACCCAAUGGAGGGCUUUGGAGCAGAUGCUUACAAAAAGUCUUGCCGUUAUUCAAGGGCCGCCAGGAACCGGCAAAACAUUCGUCUCUGUGAUUGCGUUGAGGAUUUUGCUGUCCAAUAUGAACCCAGGAGAUCCACCUAUAAUCGUCGCCUCGCAGACAAACCAUGCUGUAGAUCAGCUCCUGAGGCACAUUUCUCGGUUUGAGAGGGACUAUAUUCGCUUGGGAGGCAGAAGUAGUGACCCUGAGAUUAGAAAGCGCACCCUAUUUGAAGUCCGACAAAAUGAACCCAGUGCUGCCAUACAAGGCGGUGUUCUUGGACAGGCCCAAAGGCGAUACAAUAAAUACCAUCACACGAUUGCUGAUCUCUUGCAGAACUUCAGUGCUGAGAACGAUGACGUUCUCCUUCCGCCUGAGCUUUUCGCAAAGUAUGGCCUACUGACUGCAACACAAUGUGACUUGCUCGCGAAGGGGGCAAAGGGCUGGAUACGACCCAACGACGAAGAGGAUGAUAAUCCCUUGCUAGCCUGGCUUGGAGAGCAUGUGGUGCCAUUCGAAGUGCACUACUCAACUGAGACCUUUGGCUUCGAAGAAGAUGAGAUUGAUCUGGAGUAUGAACAGCUCAAAGAACUAGAAGCCGAACAGGGCAAUGAAGAGGAGGACCGUGAACUUCUUAAAGGACCAUUCAUAUGUCUUCGUGAAAGGUUCUGCGGACAAAGUACUUCGGCCGCUGAGGAAGCUAGCCGGAAGUAUCUGAAGGAACCCGACCUGUGGAAAGUACCGGUCAAAGCACGUGGAGGAGUAUACAAUACUCUUCGAAAGCUGCUCAAAGAUAAAAUCAGGUCGAAGUUCCAAAGCUUGGUUACACUUAAUACAAACAAUUGCAAAGACCUCCGCAUUGGAAAGUGGGAACGGGAUAAUCAUCUCCUCCAGGAUGCCAAGUUGAUUGGGAUGACAACAACGGGCCUUAGCAAGUACCGAGCUCUAGUAUCAAGCUUAAAACCAAAAGUUGUUCUGAUAGAAGAAGCAGCCGAAGCCAUUGAAGCACCGAUAGCAGCUGCUUGCUUCGAUUCUCUUCAACAUAUGAUCCUUGUGGGAGAUCACCAACAACUCAGGGGGAGUUGCUCGGUACAGGACCUUCAGGGCGAACCGUUCUUCCUGGAUAUCUCAAUGUUUGAAAGACUUGUGAAUAAUGGGAUUCAAUACGAGACGCUUAGAAGACAGAGGCGGAUGGCGCCAGAAAUACGACGGUUGCUGGAGCCCCUUUACGGCGAGCUUCAUGACCACCCGUCAGUACUUGAACGCCCCAGAGUGCCAGGAAUGGGGGAUUUCAGAUCAUACUUCUUUUCUCACAAUUGGCCAGAAAGCAAUGACAGCUUAUCCUCGAAGUACAAUGAGAAGGAAGCGGAAAUGGUUGUUGGAUUCUUUAUGCACCUGGUACUCAACGGCGUUGCGGUAAAGGACAUAACGGUUCUGACAUUCUAUAAUGGUCAAAGAAAAAAGCUGCUGAAGCUAUUCAAAGGGAACUCCUAUCUUCAGGGUCAGUAUGUGAAUGUUGUGACAGUUGAUUCGUUUCAAGGAGAAGAAAACGAGAUAGUGAUUCUAUCACUUGUGAGGAGCGGCCGGCCUACUAUCGGGUUUUUAUCUAUAGAGAAUAGGGUCUGCGUUGCGCUUUCGCGUGCUAGGACUGGUUUUUAUAUGUUUGGAGACUCUACUGCGCUUGCUGAUGCAGAUUCCCUCUGGUGGCAAGUAGUCACCCUCAUGGGGGGCAAGAACCCAAAACGAAGGCUUGGUUUUUAUCUACCUUUAACAUGCACCAAGCAUGAAAACGUGAUAUACAAGAAAGAUCCCUCUGAGUGGGACACUGCCUAUGGCGGAUGUGAUCUCCCAUGUAACGAACGUCUAGGCUGCGGGCACAGAUGUUCUCUACCAUGCCAUAGGUAA